GUAGCCUUCAAUUUAAGUGUGCACUGAGAGAAAAAAACACGCAAAGAGUGAUGUGUGGAGAGUGAAUAUGGGAGGCAAAACCUUACAGGCACAUGGAGGAUUUUUAAUGGGAGGACUGGAGUUGCUUUGAUGAGUGACAACUACAAGUGGAGUGUGUGUGUGUUCUUGGUUGGUUUGUAUUGUUUUUUUCCUCAUCACCAUGUGUGAAGGAUGGAUGUGGGUCGGAUGCCAAUUUAUUGUUCUUAUGGAUACGAGAACUGGCAAAUUAUCAGCAUGAAUUGAGAACCGAGGACAGAACAACUGAUAUCAAUGUUAAAUUUGACUCUGGAGGGAGGACCAUGGCGAAGAAGAAGGGACUUUUAUUCUCACUGCUGUACUUUAUGGCAGAGUUUUGGCUCACUUCACAGCAAGUCCUGAGAAUCGGUGGCAUCUUUGAGACACUUGAAAAUGAGCCCAUAAGUGUUGAAGAGCUGGCCUUUAAAUUUGCUGUAACAAACAUAAACAGGAACCGGACCUUAAUGCCAAACACCACAUUGACCUAUGACAUCCAGAGAAUAAACCUCUUUGACAGCUUCGAGGCCUCGAGAAGAGCCUGUGACCAGUUGGCGCUUGGCGUCGGGGCCGUCUUUGGUCCGUCUCACAGCUCGUCCGUCAGUGCGGUCCAGUCCAUUUGCAACGCCCUGGAAGUCCCUCACAUCCAGACACGCUGGAAACACCCGUCGGUGGACAACAGAGACAGCUUCUACAUCAACCUCUACCCAGAGUAUGCCUCCAUAAGCCGCGCCGUGUUGGACAUAGUGCAGUUCUACAAGUGGAAGACAGUCACUGUGGUCUACGAGGACGCAACUGGUCUGAUUCGUUUGCAAGAGUUGAUCAAAGCUCCGUCCAGGUACAGCAUCAAAAUCAAGAUCCGGCAGCUGCCAACAGGAAGCAAAGACGCCCGUCCUCUUUUGAAAGAGAUGAAGAAGGGGAAGGAGUUCUACGUCAUCUUUGACUGCUCGUACCAAACAUCAGCUGAUGUUCUCAAGCAGAUCUUAUCAAUGGGGAUGAUGACCGAAUAUUACCACUUCUUCUUCACCACACUGGACCUGUUUUCCCUCGACCUGGAGCCGUACCGCUACAGUGGGGUCAACAUGACGGGGUUCAGACUCCUCAACAUCGGCAGCCCUCAGGUGGCCUCAGUGGUGGAGAGGUGGGCCAUGGAGCGACUGCAGGCUCCCGCUAAAGCAGAGACAGGAAUGAUGGAGGGAAUGAUGACGACCGAGGCGGCUCUGAUGUACGACGCCGUCUACAUGGUGGCUGCUGCCUCCCAACGCGCCUCCCAGAUCACCGUCAGCUCCCUGCAGUGCCACAGACACAAACCCUGGCGCUUUGGAUCACGCUUCAUGAACAUGCUCAAAGACGCACAGUGGAACGGCUUGACCGGGCAAAUAAUUAUAAAUAAGACAGACGGCCUGCGGAAGGAGUUCGAUUUAGAUGUCAUCAGUCUGAAGGAGGACGGCUUGGAGAAGACAAUCGCUGGCAACAACCGCCUGAAUAAAGUGUGGAAAAAGAUCGGCGUGUGGAACUCUCAAACAGGCCUUAAUUUAACAGAAAACAACAAGGACUCAUCCACAAAUGUGACUGACUCGAUGGCCAACAGAACCCUUAUUGUCACAACUAUUCUGGAAAAUCCUUAUGUCAUGUAUAAGAAAUCUGAUAAACCGCUGUAUGGAAAUGAUCGCUUUGAGGGCUACUGCCUGGACCUGCUCAAAGAGCUGUCCAACAUUUUGGGCUUCUCCUACGAGGUUAAGCUGGUCUCAGACGGCAAAUAUGGAGCUCAGAAUGACAAGGGGGAGUGGAACGGCAUGGUGCGAGAACUCAUUGAUCAUGUGGCUGACCUCGCUGUGGCUCCGCUCACCAUCACGUAUGUGAGGGAAAAGGUGAUAGACUUCUCCAAGCCCUUUAUGACACUGGGCAUCAGCAUCCUCUACCACAAACCCAACGGCACCAAUCCAGGAGUGUUCUCCUUCCUCAACCCACUCUCUCCUGAUAUCUGGAUGUAUGUGUUGCUGGCCUGCCUCGGUGUCAGCUGUGUGCUGUUUGUCAUUGCCAGGUUCACUCCCUAUGAGUGGUACAAUCCACACCCCUGCAAUCCAGACUCGGACGUAGUGGAAAACAACUUCACGCUAAUAAACAGUGUCUGGUUUGGAGUUGGAGCACUUAUGCAGCAAGGAUCUGAACUGAUGCCUAAGGCCCUCUCUACCAGGAUAGUUGGUGGAAUAUGGUGGUUCUUUACGCUGAUAAUAAUCUCCUCAUACACUGCCAACCUGGCUGCCUUCCUCACUGUGGAGAGAAUGGACUCGCCUAUUGACUCUGCCGAUGACUUGGCAAAGCAAACCAAAAUAGAGUAUGGUGCUGUAAGAGACGGCUCCACCAUGACCUUUUUCAAGAAAUCAAAAAUCUCGACCUAUGAGAAAAUGUGGGCCUUCAUGAGCAGCAGGAAAAACACGGCCUUGGUGAAAAACAACCGGGAAGGGAUUCAGAGGGUCCUCACCACAGACUACGCUCUUCUGAUGGAGUCGACCAGCAUCGAGUACAUCAGCCAGCGCAACUGUAACCUCACACAGAUCGGGGGCCUGAUCGACUCGAAGGGCUACGGUGUAGGAACUCCAAUCGGCUCUCCGUACAGAGACAAGGUCACCAUCGCCAUCUUGCAGCUUCAGGAGGAAGGAAAGCUGCACAUGAUGAAGGAGAAGUGGUGGAGGGGGAACGGCUGCCCAGAGGAGGACAGCAAAGAGGCCAGCGCCCUGGGCGUGGAGAACAUCGGUGGAAUCUUUAUCGUGCUCGCAGCCGGAUUGGUCCUCUCCGUUUUUGUGGCAAUUGGAGAAUUCAUUUACAAGUCCAGAAAAAACCUGGACAUUGAGGAGGUGAGUGUCGGCCAGUGCGAAUGGCACAACAAGUACUGACACGAUUCAGUCUGAAACUGCUAUGAACUGAAUACACAUUUGUGUUGUUGACGUCGUCAUGGGACUACAGUGACCUGCUGGACCAGCGGUUAAGUUUCAAGUCUGAAUGUGUCCAACUGCAUUGUUACAAUCAAAACAAAUAACUUUUGAAUGCGGAGUUUAGUAUUUUCAGUAGUUUUGAUGUAGAGCACAAAAAAGCGCAUUUGAAAUCCUUUUUAUGACGAUGGGUGGUUGUCGACUUCUGACAUCAUGGCACGUGACCAUCUUGGCCUUUCUGUUUUUCGCAAAAAAAAUAUAUGUAUAACACUGUAACAUUGUAUUGUGUGGGGAAAAAAAUGCCAUCAUGGCAAGAUAUUGUGGGAAAAGACAGUAAGUAUGUUUUAAGUUUUACGAUUUUCAUAUUUAUAACGCACACAAACUGACAGCAUUACUUCUUACCACUUUUGUUUGUACUCAUUAUUAUUUCAACGCAUCAUUUGACAGUUUGUGUCUGGUUUGUUGAUGAAUGAGUUCUCCCUCUAAAUUUUCAUGUUUGAUUCAUUCUUUUUUUUUUCUUUUUUAAAUGAAAACGUUCAUGAACAUGCGUGUAUAAGUUGUGUCAUGUUGAAUCUGUUUCCGAAUGAUAAAGUUACAUGGGAACAUUA